AUGACAACACCUCUGAGUUCCAUGCCAUCUCAGGCUGCCCGGCAGGCCUCUAUCCGUGGCCUCUCUCGGAUAACCACUACCCUAUACCUCAGCGGUGGUGUGGCCGCCAACAACAAACUUAUGUUGUCCAGCAACAACAUCACCACGGUCAUCAAUGUGUCAGUGGAGGUGGUGAACACGCCCUUCAAGGACAUUCAAUAUUUACAGGUACCGGUGGUCGAUGCUCCCAGCUCACGCCUCUGUGAGUUUUUUGACCCGAUCGCUGAUUACAUCCACGACGUGGAAAUGAAGCAGGGCCGCACACUGCUGCACUGUGUCGCCGGAGUGAGCCGCUCAGCCGCCCUCUGCCUGGCUUACCUCAUGAAAUACCACUCCAUGUCCCUGCUGGCCGCCCACACUUGGACCAAGUCGUGCCGCCCCAUCAUCCGGCCCAACAACGGCUUUUGGGAACAGCUCAUCCAUUAUGAAUUCAAGCUGUUUAGUAAGAACACUGUGCACAUGAUCGACUCACCGAUUGGUAGGAUUCCUGACAUAUACGAGAAAGACAUCAUCUGA